AUGUUUGAACUAAACAUUGAACGACUGACAAGGAAAGAGACCAGGCUCUUUGGACAUUUUAGAAAAGCAUCCUCUUACCGGCUCAGAGGACAUGAUGUAAACACCAUUCCUUUCAAUUUCCAACAGGAAAUGCUGCAAGAUGACUACUCUUCUGGGUGGUCAUCUGAUGAGUACCAAAACGCCCCUCAUACAAUGAAUGGGGACAUGCAUUCGCGGCAUGAUCAUAAAACUUCCGAUUCUUUCGUCAAUGAUCUGUUGAACAUCGAUAAAGAGGCAGCUCUGCCGGUGGAUUGUAAGGACGUCGAAGACAAACUGGACGUUCUCACGAGUGUGCUUCCACAACAGAGGGUUGGCGAGCAGCAACGCUUUUUGACCUGGACAUUGUCGAUGUUGAUCGCAUGGGCUGACAAGCCAAAAGCGUCAAUGACAAUUUGA